UUUUUUUGUCUUAUAUUAAAGAAAUGAGAGAUGCAGAAUUCUAAGGCUAUAUAGCUAGAAAAUAUUUAUUCAAACUUGAAUAUUCUUCAAAGAGAGCACGGAGCAAUUAUAAUUAUCAGAGGAAGACACGUCACAGGGAAAUAAAAGCCAGAUGUUUUCCACAGGAGUCCUCCUUUUGGCUGUUUUGAUUUCGACUGUGCUGGCUGGACCAUGGGCUAGUAUAUGUGCUGGCAAGUCUUCCAAUGAGAUCAGGACAUGUGACAGCCAUGGCUGUGGCCAGUACACUGCUCAAAGAAAUCAGAGGCCUCACCAGGGCGUGGAUGUCUUGUGCUCUGAUGGAUCUACUGUGUAUGCUCCUUUCACUGGAAUGAUUAUGGGCCAGGAGAAGCCUUAUAAAAACAAAAACGCCAUCAACAAUGGUGUUCGGAUAUCUGGAAGAGGUUUCUGUAUUAAAAUGUUCUACAUUAAGCCAAUUAAAUAUAAAGGUUCUAUCAAGAAGGGAGAAAAACUGGGAACUCUACUGCCCUUGCAGAAAGUUUAUCCUGGCAUACAAUCCCACAUACAUAUUGAAAACUGUGACCUGAGUGAUCCCACUGUGUACCUAUAAGUGGAAGACAAAUGAACAGAUCUU